UCGGCACAACUCCCACAUAAACGAUCUUUCCCGUACAUCUCCUGUACGCCAUUCGCCGUACUUCCGGCUGUGACGUGAAACAUCCACGACGUGUCGGGUGUUUUAAUAAUGACGGAACCCUAACCCUCCUCCUCCUCCUCCUCCUCCCCCUCCUUCAGUCGUCCUCGGUCGUGAUUGGCCGCCCUCCGCGGGGUUGAGGAGCUCCACAGCUCCCGGGACGUCGUGGCGCGGACAGGCCGCGGAGCAGAGCAGUUAUCCGGGGGAGCCGAGGAGACGUCGUCGGAGGCAGGCGGUUCCAGCUUAGCGGGGCGGACUGGCUGUUAAAAAAGACGCUCGGCGGGCGCUCGCUUCUGCUCACUCGUGUCGUGUCGUCGUCGUGGGAGAGGAAGCUCUCAUCCCCGGUGUGGAGGCUGAGCUAAGCGGUCUGCCUUUGCUGUGUGCAUCCAGUCAGCCAUGAUGUCUGUACAAACCCCUCCCCUCUCCCGUUCGGGCUCCUCCCCCUCCAAUGUGGGUCUGUCCAACCGCGGCGGUCCUUCUGCCACCCCUCCCACUUCCCUCAGCCUGCGCUCCUCAUACAACCAGCUGCUCGGGCGCGAUGUCAUCAAGGAGUCCGUCAACACAGAGAGCGGAGGUUCGGCCACUUUGCCCAAGAGCCGUCAGAGAUACACAAUGACGAGCGUUCGAAGCGUCAUGGGGAUAAGCGAUAACUUGUCAUCUAAAAAUCAACCAGCUAGCAGGGGCAGAGGCCUCCCCACUAAGUCCUCAUCCAGUUCAGCCCUCUACUCCUCGUCCUCCUCAUCUUCACUCUUCAACACGACCAACCCAAAACUGGCCAAGAAUGGGGCCAACCUGCAGAGGCGUGCUGAGAGUCAGCAGCAGGAGCUGAGCAAAUUCCACAAUGAUCCCAUGGACAACUCCAACUCUGACUGGCCCGAGUUUGAAAAGGACAACUCGCAGCUUCCACCAUUCCGAAGAAGGACAAAGAGCUUCUUGGAGUACCAUGACAAGGGUUGGGACCUGAGCUGGGGAAACAAGGAGAACAAUGAGGAGAAGAAGCAGCAGCAGUCUUUCCCCGAGAAAGAGCAGCCAAGCCCGGUCAAGGAGAGAGAGAGUCAGAAGGAAGAGAAGACCAGCAGCAAGGAAGAGACUGUGCCAGAGGUGGAAGAAGAGGAAGAGGAUGAAGACCAAACACCACCUGCAAGACAGCCCCUCUUACCUGUAGUGGUGGAAGCCCCGCUUUGCUCCUCCUCUUCUUCAUCUACCAACAGCCCAGAGUGGGAAGCAGACAACCAAAUGCACAAUCAGGCUACAGCCCAGGUCCGAGAGGAGCACUGCGUCCAGUUGCUGGGAAGUCCGAGGAGUCCCGCAAAGCCUCCUCGGAGCUCCCAGCCCAGGGUGAUAAAGGUUGAGCUGCACCCCAACAAUGAGAACCAGUUCCUGCAACAGUACCCUCCGUCCUCCCCUAAGCAGUCCAGGUCCAGUGAGAGGAACACCCUGACAAGGAAUCGGGCUCCCCCUCCUGCCAUGCCUGAUCCCCAACCAGAGAUGGGUCUCCCAAAAGUCAGCUUAAGAAUGGAUCUGACUCCUGAUACGCCAUCAGAAGAUGAAGACUCCAGCUGGACCACCCUGUCCCAGGAGUCACCCACACCUCAAAGUCCACAAGAGACAGUAGCAGAUGUUUGGGGUGAGGGGGACCUACCCCCAGGCUGGCGGGAAAUCUCCGACUCAUCAGAGGUCUACUUCUGGCACAUACCCACCGGCACCACUCAGUACCACCGACCUGUUGCCUCCAGCACUCAGCCCAGCUGUGCCGACCAGGAGCCCGAGGCGGAGAACAAACCGCAACAGGAGACACACCACUCACUAAAACCACCCAACGAGCGUCCCAGCAGUCUCGUCUCAGACAGUUCCGUUGAAGCCGUCCCCUCCCCUUCUGGCUCAUCCCCCACCUCCCUCUCCUGCAGCCCCACCAAUGAUGUCAUCUCUUCUGCACUGAAUCUCAGCAGCGCCACCUGCACUGUCAAUGAGUUAAAGGACUAUUCAAUUUAUCCUGACCCCAGCCUGAAGGCCUUCGAAGGGGCCACCCUUCGCUAUGCUUCACUCAAACUCAACCCUGCAGCGCCAUUGGAGACGGUGGACCUCAACAAUACCUUCCCUGAUGGAGAAACAAUGUCAUUCCCAGUGCGCUCCUUGGGCUGGGUGGAGAUGGCCGAACAAGACCUGUGUGAGGGGAGAAGCAGUGUGGCGGUGCAUCAGUGUAUCAGACAACUGUCCUACUGCAGGAGAGACAUUCGAGACUCGGCUGGAGUCUGGGGAGAGGGUAAAGGGAUGCUGCUGGUGCUUCAGGACCGCAUGUUGAAUCUCGUCGACCCGGAUGAUCGAAGCCUUCUCCACUCUCAGCCAAUCAGCAACAUCCGCGUGUGGGGGGUCGGCCGGGACCACGACAGGGACUUUGCCUAUGUGGCGAGGGACAAGAACACGCGGGUGCUGAAGUGUCACGUGUUCCGAUGUGAUACGCCUGCCGCAGCCAUCGCCACCAGUCUCCACGAAAUCUGCUCCAAGAUUAUGGCUGAAAGGAAAAGUGCCAAAGCUGCAGCUGGCAGCUCCUCCCAGGCUGGCUCUGAUGUGCCCUUGCAAGAGUUCCCCAUGCCAAAGACGGAGUUGGUGCAGAAGUUCCACGUGCUCUACUUGGGUAUGACGUCAGUGUCUCGGCCCAUAGGUAUGGACAUCCUAAACGGGGCUAUUGACAGCCUGGUGUCGUCCACAGGUAAGGAGGUGUGGACUCCCGUCAUUCUCAGCAUCGCUGACACCACUCUGGCCGUCAUCAAGGAGAAGGAGGAGGAAGAAGAGGUUCUGGUAGAGUGCCGGGUCCGCUUUUUGUCCUUCAUGGGUGUUGGGCGGGACAUCCACACGUUUGCUUUCAUCAUGGACACUGGAAGCCAACACUUCCAGUGUCACAUCUUUUGGUGUGACCCCAAUGCUGGAUGUGUGUCUGAGGCUGUGCAAGCAGCGUGUGUGCUGCGGUAUCAGAAGUGUCUGGUGGCGCGGCCGCCCUCGCAACGUGCCGGCACCUCGUCCCCUCCCGCCGCCGACCCCGUGACCCGGCGGGUGAGCACCAGCGUGAAGCGCGGCGUCCAGUCUCUCAUAGACACUCUGAAAGCCAAGAAGCAGCCGUCUGAAGUCCCCCAGCAGUGACCCGGCCGCCACCCGCACCAGCACCCUCCGUCGCCAUGGUAACCAGUCAUGUACAUACAUGUUAGCUGAACGAGAAGGUGUUUUUAAUGCAGAGGAACACUUAUUCGGGCCGGGAUGUUGCUCCACUCUCUCCCAAUCAGAUGGAAGCUUCUGAAUGAAGAGGAAAGGCUUCUUGAUGGAAGCCAUUGUAACAAUAAUCCAACACUAAAUGAAUCUAGAGGAACAUAUGUAGAUAGAAGAGAUGCAUGUAAUCUUGGCGCUGGUUGAGAAUGGCGUAUUCACGAGACGAGAAGGACAGCACAAGUCGCCACUUGACCGUAAAUUGAUCCACGUCGGCACAAAAAAAAAAAACAUAAUUA